GCUGCGGCCGCCGAGGGGAGGCCGAGCCUGCCAAGUUGGCGCCCGGCGGAGCCAUGGUGGCCGGCGCCCGCAGCGACCUCCUGGCCCUGCUGCUCGCCGUCUCCGCGCCGUUUUGGCUCCAGGCGGAGGAGCUGGGUGAUGGCUGUGGGCACAUAGUGACCUACGAGGACAGUGGCACAAUGACAUCUAAGAAUUAUCCAGGGACUUACCCCAAUCACACUGUUUGUGAAAAGACUAUCACAGUACCGAAGGGGAAGAGAUUGAUUCUCAGGUUGGGAGAUUUGGAUAUUGAAUCCCAGACCUGUGCUUCUGACUACCUUCUCUUCAUUAGCUCUUCUGAUCAGUAUGGUCCGUAUUGUGGGAGUAUGACUGUUCCCAAAGAACUUUUGCUGAACACCAAUGAAGUAACUGUUCGCUUUGAGAGUGGAUCCCACAUUUCUGGGCGGGGUUUUUUGCUAACCUAUGCCAGCAGCGACCAUCCAGAUUUAAUAACGUGUUUGGAACGAGCUAAUCAUUAUUUGGACACAGAAUACAGCAAGUUCUGCCCAGCGGGUUGUAGAGACAUAGCAGGAGAUAUUUCUGGGAAUGUGGUGGAUGGAUAUAGAGAUACCUCUUUAUUGUGCAAAGCCGCCAUCCAUGCGGGAAUAAUUGCAGAUGAAGUGGGUGGUCAGAUCAGCGUGCUUCUGCAGAAAGGGAUAAGUCGCUAUGAAGGAAUCCUGGCCAAUGGUGUGCUCUCAAGGGAUGGUUCCCUGUCAGACAAGCGAUUUCUGUUUACCUCCAAUGGUUGUAACAGAUCCCUGAGUUUGGAACCUGACAGGCAAAUCAGAGCUUCUUCUUCUUGGGAGUGGACCAAUGAGGCUGGAGACCAGGUUCGUUGGUCUCCUGGCCAAGCCCGACUUCAGGACCAAGGCCCGUCGUGGGCUUCAGGGGACAGGAGCAAGAACCACAAACAGCGAGAGUGGCUGAGGAUAGAUUUGGGAGAGAAAAAGAAAAUAACAGGAAUUAGGACCACAGGAUCCACACAGUCAAAUUUCAACUUUUACGUAAAGAGUUUUGUAAUGAACUUCAGAAACAAUGACUCCAAGUGGAAGACCUAUAAAGGAAUUGUGAAUAAUGAAGAAAAGGUGUUUCAGGGCAACUUGAAUUUCCGGGAUCCUGUGCGGAACAAUUUCAUCCCUCCCAUUGUGGCCAGAUAUGUGCGAGUUAUCCCCCAGACAUGGCACCAGAGGAUAGCCUUGAAAGUGGAGCUCAUUGGCUGCCAGAUUACACCAAGUGAGACUCAGGGGAAUGACUCAUUGGUGUGGCGCAAAACAAGUCCAAAUAUUGUUGGUUCAACUAAAAGAGAAGAUGAGACAAUCUCAAAACCCACCCCCUCUGAAGAAAUGCCAGAAGGAAUAAACAUCACAACUCUUGUUAUUCCACUGGUGCUCCUCGCCCUGCUGAUGGCUGCAGUGGGAAUCUUCGCGGUCCUUAGAAGGAGGAAGAAGAAAGGAAAUACUUAUGGAUCAGCAAAGAUUCAGAAAACAGACUGUUGGAAGCAGAUCAAAUAUCCUUUUGCUAGGCAUCAGUCAGCUGAGUUUACCAUCAGCUACAAUAAUGAAAAGGAGGUAUCACAAAAGCUGGAUCUCAUCACAAGUGACAUGGCAGGGCAGGCACUCGGCAGAGUUCCCGCUCUACAGACAGCCGGUUUGUGGCUGGGUCGGAGGGGUGCUCAAACGUCUGCCCUUUGGAUUUCAGAUUACCAGCAGCCUCUCAUGAUCGGCACCGGGACGGUCACCAGGAAGGGCUCCACCUUCCGGCCGAUGGACACGGAGGCAGACGAGGCGGGGCGGGGCGCCGAGGCCGGCAGCCACUACGACUGCCCCCUCUGGGCGGGCCGCCACGAGUACGCCCUGCCCUUGACCCACGCCGAGCCGGAGUACGCCACGCCCAUCGUGGAGCGGCACCUGGCGCGCGCGCACACCUUCUCGGAGCGGAGCGGGUACCGCGUGCCGGGGCCCAGGCCGGCGCACAAACAUUCCCUCUCGUCCGGCGGCUUCGCCCCGGCCUCUGGCUACCAGCUGCCGCACGGCCCCGCGCCCGCGGACCCGGGCUACGACCAGCCCAAGGGCGGCGGCGCCUUGGCCGCAGAGCGCGCCGAUCCCGACUACCAGAAGCCCCAGGCCGGCCCCGAGACCGACGCUGCCUACUCGGCCCCCAGGGACUGCCUCAGACCCCUCAACCAGACGGCCAUGACCGCUCUGCUGUGACACAAUGUGAAAGCAACCUGCUGUGGUACUGAGCGCCAGGCUGCGUGCCGCACUGGAAGGAGGGCGAUGCGCGCGUGUGUGUGUGUGCGCGUGUGUGUACGUGUGUGUACGUGUACGCGAUUUCAUAGGAUCCUGCGGUGGAGUCGUAGAGACCGCCUCUCACACUGUUUACAGAGUUGUGCAGCUGGUUUUGUUCUGAGCCUUAGGGCCAGCGUCUGUUUGUUUUUGCUGGGCUAGAAAAAUGAAAAUUUUCAGAUGGCAUUUUCAUUUCUCUAACUGUGAUACUGAGCUGCUUCGGUGUAAAAUGUGCAAUCUGUACAGAGUUGUAUUUAACAAGAAUUAAAGUAACUUAAGUUUGCUUUGCAGAUUUUAGUUCUGCACAGAGGUUAAGUGCCAGAAUGCAGCUGUUGGAAAAACGUAUAUAAUAGUAUGUUUGCUUUUUAAAUAUAUUUUAUCUGAUACUGUGUUAGCAGCAGGUCUGUUUAAAUUUAAUCUUGCUAUUAUGGCUCAUUUCCUUUCCUUUGAUAUGGAGACCUAAAAGCAUUGUUAACAUUCUUCUUCUGGAAGGAAUGAAAUUACUUGAAGCAUGAAAAGCACACCAGGGUGGUUGUUAGCAAUUAUGAUUGUAGAUUAAAAAGAACAAACAGAACACAACCACCACAGUAGCUGCCUGUUCCUUAGACUCCACUUGAGGUGGGAGUGUGCAGUGGCCCACCAGGGCCUGCAAGGAGCAGGAGGUCUCUGUGGCCUGCGGUCACCUCCCUGCCCUCGGCCUAAGGGACCUGGCUCUCUGAGCAGCUGGCCUUCAUCAUACUUUGCUUCUUGCUCACCUCUGGCCUGGCAGAUACUAUACGGCUUUCAUUUCACAUGCAAAUUUGCCUUUUCAAACUGUCUGUAAAGCCAGAUGCUGAGACUUACAGCAACCACAACUGCUUUCUCAACAAACUGAAUGAAGGUGGCACAGCAAUUACGCCCUGAAUUACUGUGUCAGAUGCUCUUGUGCCGCAGAGUGAAAAUACUGCUGAGGUCAGAUGCCCACACUUUCUCAUGACUUUCUUCAGAAAUAGCACAUUGUACUCUGAAACACAAAAAAGUUAUUUGAAGUAUGUUCUUACAAAAGUGACCGAGGCCAAAUCUACAUAGAGCUUUUCUACUAAGCUGGCUGGAAACAACAUUUUUUAAGAAAAAAUUUUCCCUUAAGUAUGUAUCUGUAAUUCCAGAUUAGCCCAGACCUUAGCUGUACCUCAUGUUCAGUGCUUUUUAUCUGAGUCUGCUUUGUGAGUUCACUGUAGGGGGGGACUUAACCUUUUGCCAAAGAGGAAAGUAUAUGUUUGUUUAAUAGAAAAUGUGGACCAAAAACUCCUUUCCCUAAAAAAAUGUAUUAUAAUCCUUUUUGUAUGACUACGACUUUCUGUGAAACAUAUAGAUGUUGAAAUAGUCAGGGUGCUGGAUGGUCACAGCAGACCAUCUGUGGUUACUGUGGAGGAUAAACCAUUUACCUUGUGGAGUUUACAUUGUUUUCUAUGCAUACUAAUUGUAAUAAACUCUGCCAAACCAA